AUGAACGGCUCCACUAUCACCACCGAGCACCGAGAAGAAAAGCGACAUUUUCGUGAGAGAUCACAUACUAUAACUCGGCAUACGAUUCCAUCGGCAGGUCAUGCAGAGCCACCAGACAACGUCGAAGAAGGCGAUUCUGCCAAACACUUUGCUGACACAACAGAUGAUCUCGCAACAAUAAACGACCAAAUUCAAGGCCUCAUGGUGCCUAGCGAGGAGGUCUUGGAAGACGAAGACGACUACAGUGAUGAUGAAAGUGCUGUACCAACCACUGGCCAAGCUAGCCCAAAGAGCCUUUUAUCCACAACAUCUUCGAUGGUAUCGUAUGUCUCAAGUGCAUCAGCGUACGAUAUCCUCCUGUCACGACUUGGCAAUAGUCAAGUGGAUCCAUUCGCCAGGCCCGAGACAAUGGAUCAGAGAAUCGAUGAUGAUGAAGACAACCAUCAUUCACCUCGAGUUUCGCAUGAAGUAAAGGAGGAUGUCAAAGAUGACGAAGAUGCUGAUUGGGAAUUCUGGGCAAAGGUCAUAUCCGAUUUCAAGUCCGUCACCGCCAAAGAGCUGUCAUCCUGCAUUCGACGAGGAAUCCCUAGUUCGCUUCGAGGAACCAUUUGGCAAUUGCUUGCAAAAUCAAAGGAUGGCAAAUUGGAGCAAACAUACAUGCAGCUGCUGAAACAGGAGUCCGUGUAUGAAAAGGCGAUUACCCGAGACUUGUCACGUAUCCUUCCGCAUAAUCAAUUUGUUCAGUCAACGAGUGGAAAAGACUCCUUAUUCAAUGUGGCCAAGGCGUAUUCAUUGUACGAUCAAGCUGUCGGCUAUUGUCAAGACAUUCUUUGUAUUAUUGGACCACUGCUGUUGAAUAUGCCUGAAGAAGAGACCUUUUGCGUGUUGGUACAAAUAAUGCAUCGAUAUGGUCUUCGGGACUAUUUCCUUCCACAAUCCAACUUCCUCUCACAGAGGCUCUACCAAUUUUCGGUUCUUGUUAGCGAGAAUUUACCACACAUCAGCCGUCAUUUGGAGUUCCAAGGGAUCCAAGAUAACAUGUACGCAGCACGCUGGUUUACAUCUUUAUUUGCAUGCAAAUUUCCUUUUGAAUUUGUAUUUCGAGUUUACGAUCUUUUCCUAUCCGAAGGCCAAGACGUGUUACUACGCGUUGCGUUGGCAGUGUUGAAUCAGCAUCAGGCUACGAUCCUUGCUCUUGAGCAUGACAACUUAUUACGAUUCCUCAAAAAUGAUCUUGUUGACCUAUCCGAGACAGCUGUGGAUAACAUAAUCCAUUAUACGGCAGAGCUAUGUAUUCCUCCUCGUCGUCUAGAGAGACUUGCCAAACAAUAUCAAGCGGAUGCAGCACGCAGUAGCAGCUCUGAUGCGAAUGCUAUCGAGUCGCUUCGUCGGCAGAACAAGACACUUUCGGAGACAGUUCGAGAAUUGCAACGCAACCUUAAUAGCCUUAAUCGUGAACACGACACUAUUGCCAAGGAGCUUAUCGAAUCAAAAAUGGAAAUUGCCAGAGUCCAUGAUGAAAAUGAUGCACUACGUCAACAAUCAUUUGACUUGAAACGAGCAUUGGAAGCCCUACACGUCGAAGUUGAAUCACGAAUCAAAACAGAAAUGUCAGCAUUGAGUACUAAAAAUGCCGCGUUAAUGGACCGCAACGUUGAACUCGAAGAGCAGCUGGCAUCCAUGGAAAAAACGGUGAUAGACAUGAAACUCCAAUUCUUAGAAAGCGAGAACGAGCGUGAUAGCCUAGAUCGUCGAUUGAAUGACCUGAAGCGUUUGAUGCCCUGA